AGAUCAAUCGUCUUAAGCAGUUGUAAACUUCAUCCUUCUGUCUGCGUUGUUUACGGAAUACACACUUCAGCCUUUCCAUCCUUUAACUUCCUUACUUCUCAAUCCACCCUGACAAUCCCAGGUGAUAUCUGAGGUUCUUCGUAAAGUUAAUGAUUCGCUCAUUAUGAAAUACUUCAUCCAGCUGUGCUUGAGUCUGGCGACGCUCACCUCGGCGCUGUCAAUCACUUCCCCGUUCCACAAGCAGAGCCCUCUCAAACAUGAAGAGCCACUCAUUUCGGACCGAUACUUGGUCGAAUUGUCUCCUGGUGAGACUCGGUGGAUAACUGAGGACGAUAAAUGGGCAUUGUUGAGGGACGGUCGAAAGUUCAUGGACAUCACUGAGUCCGGACAUACAUAUCCUUUCGUUGACAUGCAGUCUAAAGCUUCGGUGAAAUACCCCUCCAAAACUGCCCACAACAAGACGGUCAGAGCCCUGAGUGAACACCUGGAUAAGAAGAGCCUACAAAAACACUUGGAAGGACUGACUUCAUUCCACACCCGCUACUACAAGAGUCAAUACGGAAUUGAUGCUGCGCAAUGGCUGUUUGACACAAUUCACGAUGUGGUCAAUGCUUCGGGGGCAUUUCAACACAACGCCAGUCUGCAUCACUUUCACCACCCGUGGGGUCAAUUCAGCAUAAUCGCACGCUUCCCCGGCAAGACAAAUCACACCGUGGUCAUCGGUGCCCAUCUUGACAGCAUCAACAUGUUCCUCCCCUCCAUUCUUGCCGCUCCUGGAGCCGAUGACGACGGCAGCGGGACAGUCACCAUCCUCGAGGCACUGACUGCACUCCUCCAUAGCGAUGACAUUGUCACAGGCCAGGCAGAGAACACGAUCGAGUUCCACUGGUAUUCGGCGGAAGAAGGAGGCCUCUUGGGAAGUCAGGCCAUCUUCAAAUCGUACUUCGAAAGCGGAAAGGAGGUCAAAGCUAUGAUACAACAAGACAUGACAGGCUACGUCGAGCAGACAUUGGCUCACGGCAAGCCCGAGUCUGUUGGAGUCAUCACUGACUUUGUGAGUCCCGAGUUGACCGAGUUCAUCAAGGAGAUCAUCACCACCUACUGCGACAUCCCUUACACCCUGACCAAAUGUGGCUACGCCUGCUCCGACCAUGCCUCGGCUAGCAAGUACGGAUUCCCGUCAGCGUUUGUCAUCGAGUCGGAUUUUGAAUAUUCGGACAAGAAGAUCCACACCACCGACGAUGUCAUCAAGUAUCUGAGCUUUGAUCAUAUGUUGCAACAUGCAAAGAUGACGCUGGGAUUUGCCUAUGAGGCAGCAUUUGCCAAACUAUGAUUAGAUGGUGCCAGGUAAAUAGUUUUGGAUCUCUGUUCUGAAUAUAUAUCCAGCGACUCUGUGAUUUGCUUUGAUCAUUUCUUAGUCAUCUUCCUGCGGCGGACUUUGAUCUACGGAGUACUGUAUAAGCAUG